UUUGAUGCGGAAAUUACGUCACCGGCCACGUUCGAACACUUUCAUGCAGAGAGCGCCCGCAUAGUUGCCCGUUGCCAUAGUUACCAGUGGAGAGGGCGAGACUGCUCCUGUGACCUAGCAAAAUGGCGACCAUAAUGUAGAAUGGGACGUGAAUGAUUGAAAGUGAGCUCAGGGGAGGAUUCUGGUCUGCUGAUUGAUUGUUCAGCAUCAUAUGGAGAUCAACAUGGCCUUAAAUGUCUUUGAUCAUGACGAUUAUCGGCCGCCCGUGUGGAAGUCCUACUUGUACCAGCUCCAGCAGGAGGCGCCACACCCCCGCAGAGUCACCUGCACCUCUGAGGUGGAGAACCGUCCCAAAUACUACGGCAGAGAGUUCCACGGGAUGAUCUCCAGAGAGGAGACAGACCAGCUUCUGAGUCAGGCUGAGGGCAGCUACCUGAUCCGGGAGAGCCAGAGACAGCCAGGCACGUACACCCUGGCUCUGAGGUUUGGGAAUCAAACCAGAAACUUCCGGCUGUAUCACGAUGGGAAGCAUUUUGUGGGCGAGAAGAGGUUCGAGUCCAUCCACGACCUGGUGACAGACGGCCUCAUCACGCUCUACAUCGAGACUAAGGCCGCGGAGUACAUCGCUAAGAUGACCAUCAACCCCAUCUACGAGCACGUGGGCUACACCACCCUGAACCAGGAGCACGCCCUGAAAAACCAGGUGCAGCGCUGCCCGGACGAGCCCGACGCCGCCCGCAGCAGGAACGACUGCAGCACAGAGAGGCUGACAUCGCUGGUGCGGCGGGCGACCCUGAGGGAGAGCGACCUGGCACCCAAAUACGAGAAGGUUCACAACUUCAAGGUUCACACGUUCAGGGGCCCCCACUGGUGUGAGUACUGUGCCAACUUCAUGUGGGGUCUCAUCGCUCAGGGAGUGAAAUGUGCAGACUGCGGGUUGAACGUCCACAAGCAGUGCUCCAAGGUGGUGCCGAACGACUGCCAGCCGGACCUCCGGCACGUCAAGAAGGUGUACAGCUGCGACCUAACCACGCUGGUGAAAGCCCAUAACACCAAGAGGCCGAUGGUGGUCGACAUGUGCAUCCAGGAGAUCGAGGCUAGGGGUCUUCAGUCUGAAGGAUUGUACAGAAUCUCCGGCUUCAGCGAGCUGAUAGAGGAUGUGAAGUUGGCCUUUGACAGAGAUGGAGAAAAAGCGGACAUUUCCUCCAGCGCAUACGAAGACAUCAACAUCAUCACCGGAGCGCUGAAGCUCUACUUUCGAGAGCUGCCCAUUCCUCUCAUCACCUACGACGCGUACCCCCGCUUCAUUGAAGCUGCCAAGAUUUCCGAUCCAGAGAAACUUCUGGAGUCUCUCCAUGAAGCCUUAAAGCUGUUGCCCCCGGCGCACUGCGAGACUCUGCGAUACCUCAUGGGUCACCUCAAGAGAGUAACCCAGUACGAGAAGGAGAACCUGAUGUCCAGCGAGAACCUGGGGAUCGUCUUUGGCCCCACGCUGAUGCGCGCCCCUGGCCUGGACGCUAUGACGGCCCUGAACGACAUCCGAUAUCAGAGACUGGUGGUGGAGACACUCAUCACCCACGAGGACGUGCUGUUCUGAGAGUGGCUGGAAAAACUUUGGAGAUGCUUGAAAGCUUCGUCUUCUCCUGGACUCUUCAAACCCGGUUUAAGCGUUGAAGGAGACGUAAUGAAGGAAGUUCUGAAGAAGAAACCACAACAAACGAAUCAAUGGGAGGACCAAAGGACUCUCAGAUUCCUGCUUUGUCCCUUCUUUCUUUAAUGGAUUCCUUGACAUUUUCUUUUUUUCUUCUGUAAAAUUAGAAAGCGUUUGUGCCUCCCACCUCCUAAAAAAUAAGCCUCCAAGUGGAGGAUGACUCACUGCUUUCAGGAACCUGAAUGUUAAAUCAAAGGAGGAAUAUGAAUUGGAUAGAGGCAGAGAGCAUCAGCAGUGAGCGUUCUGAGCAUGUUUCAGUGACACUAUAAGGUCUAUUUUAGAGGUAACUUUUCCUCCAUUAUCGUCAUCACAACGGCUUUCCUUCAUUUCCAGAUUUUUGUUGUCAAGGUCUCCAUUUAUGGCGAUGAAGUUCCGGUUAAGACAGCAGGAUGAAUGAAUUAAAGAGGUGACCCCCCCCCAUAGCACCUCCUCAUUCCUCAGAAGGACUUUCCGUGAUCUGGGCCUACUGUGUUGUCAUUCCUACCUUUUUUUUCUACAUUUGCAGCUCUCGUGAACUCCUUUAGCUAACCUGAAAUUGCACAGAGAUCUUAGAAAAAGCCUUUUUUAAGCUUUGAGGAUAAAGCAGUUUUUUUUUAGGAGAUGAAAAUGACGAUUGUUUGCCUGUGUUCCCCUCUCCACCUGCCUGAGGAUAAAAACACAGAUGAAACACUCAUCUGUGUCAGGAGAAUGUAAAAUUGUAGUGCCAGUCCACAGGAUGUGCAGUAUUGUUGUGCUGUCGUCUCCACAAGCAGCAGGUGAAGGGGUGACCUGUUACGCUCAACCGAGUAAAAAACAAUUGGAAUUUGAAGAAUUUCUGGGCCUUUUUCUUUAGUUCAUAGAAGUGACUCAGUACUUGAAGGUUUGUGCACCGGUAUAAGUGUUGGACGACCAUGUCUACAACAUGAAGGAGUGAGAUUUUUUGGUUUUUAUGAUGCAUAAGUCUUUGAAAAAGAUGGAUGUAUUUGAACACCCUGAACCCUGUUCUUUACCCACCUCUACCCCAUUUUUGUCGGGGGUCACAAACAGUUAUUGAUUUAGACGCUGAGUCAGAGCUAAAAAAAACUUGUAAAGGUAAAGGCAUCAACAUCAUUUUUCGAACCUUUUUAUUUGUUUCAUGAAGGUCGGUUACCGGUGUACCGUCAGUUUGUGAGCCUCCAGUGAUUCUUUUUUAGCAUAAUGAAAUUGUAUUUUUUAUCAUUGUCAUUGCUGUGAAGUAUUUUCUAUGUUUUAUGCAUGGUGGAAUUAAAUUAUUGAUGAUGGCUUACAA